UUAGGCCCUUUCCUUUUUACGUAUACUGUACCUCUUAUUUAAUGGGUGCCCCCUUUUUAUGUGAAACAAGAAUUAUAAAAAGCGAGAUUUACAUAUGUGAUUAUAUAUUUUUGAUCUCAAACCAAGAAUAUUUCGGUGUAGUGGCAUUCAGGGUUGUAAUAUAUUGCUAACCUGGACGUAUAUGGCACGUAAUGCGAUUCCAGUCUCUUUUUGUGCGUUAUGAUUUAAUCUAAAAUUUAUACAGUGCUUUUGCUAUUUUGUAUUUAUCUUAAAUUAAACCCUUCCAUGUCCCACAAAUUUCGACAUGUCCCACAAAUUUCGACAUGUUCCUCUUUCAACAACUUGUGGUCAUCCAAGUAUUAGGACGAUGUUACUAUAAGGAAAAGUUGUAGUUUGUUGUUUUUUCCGCUCUUCUAUGACGAAACGCACAAAGCAUCCCUAUAGAAUUCAUAUAUAAAUAAAUAAAAUGUAUAAAUAAAAAUAUCCUCACAGUAAACACCCAAACUUGGCGCGCCCCUCCUGAUAUUUGCGCGAUGACGUAUUUCCGGUGAACUGUCAAACCUGCCAGUCUCCAGCGGCGCACGGGCUUGGACCAAAUUUAGGGACUUGGGACUUUCACAUCUCGCCACACUCAGCUACUUCAGAAACAUGUCUUUCAUAUUUGACUGGAUCUACAGAAGCUUCAGCAGUGUCUUGCAAUUUUUAGGUUUAUAUAAGAAGACAGGCAAGCUUGUGUUCCUGGGGCUGGACAAUGCAGGAAAGACCACUCUACUGCACAUGCUCAGAGACGACCGACUGGGCCAGCACGUCCCCACUUUACACCCGACAUCAGAAGAGCUGACCAUAGCCGGAAUGACUUUCACAACAUUUGAUCUAGGAGGGCACACACAAGCAAGAAGAAUCUGGAAGAACUACCUCCCGGCCAUAAAUGGAAUAGUCUACAUGGUGGACUGUGCAGAUCAUGAGCGGCUAGUGGAGGCCAAAGUGGAGCUGGAUGCCCUUCUCACAGAUGAAACCAUCUCUAAUGUGCCAGUUCUGAUUCUGGGGAAUAAGAUCGACCGACCAGAGGCCAUCAGUGAAGACGCCCUCAGAGGCAUGUUUGGUCUGAUCGGACACACCACAGGGAAGGGCAAAGUGUCUGUGAAGGAGCUGAACCUGAGGCCCAUGGAAGUGUUCAUGUGCAGUGUGCUGAAGAGGCAGGGCUAUGGAGAGGGCUUCCGCUGGCUCUCCCAAUACAUUGACUGAGGCUGCAUUAUCCUGGUUACUCCUCUCUAUGCACACAUAUAUGACCUACCUGUGUCUGCUUCAUCUGGGCUAAUGCGCUUCAAAUAGACAUUGUAUGACAUCUGCUGCUUUUGAUAUGCAUAUUUAAAAUUGUGUAGGCCUUCCUGUUACAAGCCCACCCCAGGUUCAUCAUAUCUUAUUAACCAGAUGUCACUAUGAUUCAGAGAAUAGACUGUGUAGACACUGUUAUUUACCUUGACUGGAGCCUGUUGGGAUUUGACCCAGGUCACACAGACCAGGACAUGCCUGUAGAACAUGUCAAAGCUGGAGACAAAUGCCUGACCUGGUUAUUUUUAUCUGCUCGUGUUGACUUACAGGUCAUGCACGAACUCCUCACUGCUUCAGGCAAAGCAACAGCAUUCUUAUUUUUAAACACGUGAAGACAUGGUACUAUUUAUAAUCUCGCACCUCUGAUGAAAAUGGCAUAAUAGUGCUUUGUAGGACUUUAGCCUUCUGAAUAUUAACCACAAAUGCACUAUGAGGGUCUGUAUCUUAUAUGUAUGCUAAUCAGCAGCUAUGUACCAUGUUCAUAUUUAACCCUAAUCACUGACUGUCUUCAGAUGUUACCAUAGACUGUAUAUAGAUCCUCCUUUAUACAAUCUAUGGAUGUUACUGUAAAGAGCGCAGUACUUUGUGAUCAGGGCCUGGAGGGAGCAGUGUCCUGUGAGAGUACUUGUGUCAAGUGCCAGUUGCAUGCAAAAGUUUUGCAUGUUAUAAUUUAAGUGCAAUAUUAUCUAUAUUUGUAAAUAGGCUAUUAUUUAUAUUCUAAGUAGAAAGUAGUUACACUUGGCCAAGUGACAAAAUAUUAUGUAACAUUAAAAAGUUAAGAAAUAUUUUGUGAAGUACAACUUUUAAUAAUUUCAAA